UGCGCUGUCAUGUGGGACUCCUGACUGCACCCGGCUUGGGAAGUUCAGACAUUAUCAGCUACGGUUACUGGUGACGGUGUAACGACAGCAAUGUGUUGCUAACUGUAUCUAUUUUAGAGUGAAGCUGUGCGCGUGGACCCUAUGACGUAGAAGCCGAAGGGGCAACAUGACAGCUAACGAGGAUCAGGAGAUGGAGCUGGAAGCUCUUCGCUCCAUCUAUGAAGGGGAUGAGUGCUUCAAGGAGAUCAGUCCAGUUUCCUUCCAGUUCAGGGUUGGAGACCUUGAGGACACAAAAGCAUUUAUCCUGGACAUCAGCUGGCCAGACACGUAUCCAGAGACGGCGCCACAAAUCUCCCUGGACGCCUUUUUCAACAACAGGAUCUCUGCAGAGACGAAGCAGCUUAUCCUGUCAAAGCUGGAGCCGCAGGUGGAGGCCAGCCUGGGCUCUGCCAUGAUGUACACUCUGUUUGAGUGGGCAAAGGAGAACCAGGAGGAACUCAUGGAGAACCACAGGCCUGUUGUGACUGCUGUGCAGGCCCUGACAUCCAACACUGAGGUGACGACUCCCUCUGCAGCAAAGAAGAGAGAGAAGAAGGAGCAACUGACAAAAGCACAGAAAAGAAGAAUGAUCAACAGAACAGACAAUAAAGGGGAGCUGCCAAGAGGCUGGAACUGGGUUGAUGUGAUUAAGCAUCUGAGUAAAACUGGAGGAAAGGAUGACGACUAGAGCAGAAGCUGUCACACGCUUGAACUCCAAACUUGCUGCUGCUGCUGCAGCUGCGACUGUGCUGCAGAUGCCUUCACAGUCAGCUGCAGUGGCAUGGGACAUUCAGCUGCUGCUGCCAUAAACACACCCCAUCACUGGUGUUCCUUCUCCGGUCAGCUGAGCAGGCUGUUCGUCCUCCAUCAGGGCGGAGCUUCACCUGCUCACACUUGAUGUCACUGCCAUGUUUUCAGUCUCACGUUACUCACUGAACACAUUAAUGUUGGAUCUAAACUAGUGUUCCGCUGUUACUUUAAGGUGCUGUGUGACUUUCUUAAAGAAUAGACAUUUUUAAUGCCACAGAGAAUAUUACUAAUUUUCCUGUUUUCUUUAUAAAUUGUAAAUCUGGAAAUGUUUAUAUAUAUAAAUAAACCCACAUUUUGUCAACUGCUUGUUCAUUUUUAAAGAUACUCACUGCUGGUGCAGCUUAGCUUAAUAGCAUAGAAAUGUCCUUUAUUGCCCCACACUGGGGAAACUCAGGUGUAACAGCAGCAUUGAGGUAUGUAGGUUCACACAAAAGUUCAAAAAGUGUUAAAAAUAUAUCAAAAUUCAGAAUAUUACACUGUACAAUAUUAACAAAAAACAGUGUAUAGUUCUCAGAAAUGGAAAUGGUGUACUCUGACUCGAGAUGUGCAUCUGAGUAUAACUUUUUAUAAAUGUACAUAAUUUUCAUGUGUAUUGGAUAUUAAAAAGUAAAGACACUUUAUAAUCAGUGCAGUGCAGAAAAAGAGAUGCAAUAACAGCAGAAAUGUCAUUAAAAUGAGUAAAACUGCAAAUGAUUGAACAAAUGCCUGUAAUGUAAACGUAUUGAGAGCAGUGAUGAAUCUAAAGUGUAGCAGCUGCUGGGA